CCUAGUUUGGGUGUGUAUCCACUUUUUAUUCGUCAACUUUUGCUCGAUUUUGGCCUGUAGCGUUCGAGAACAAAAAUAUUCAUAAAUCGGAGCUGCCAGCCAUUAAGAUCCAUCCAAACCAUCCAGUAUACCCAGAAACAUACGAUAAGAUAAGCCCAAGAACAAGAUCAAGCCAUAAGGCGAAGCCACACAAGCACAAGCACACACCCACCAUCCUGUAAUUGCAUUUCCCAGUAUCCGUAUCACUGAGAACCUUUUCAACCAUAGGCCUAUCCGAGACAGCCAUCAUGGACGUAAUGUCAUCAUCCCUGCAGCAGCAGCGCGUCGUGGUGGAGCAGCUGCGUCGCGAGGCGGCCAUCGACCGCCAGACCAUCUCGGAGUCGUGUGCCAAGAUGAUGAAGUACAUCACGGAGCACGAACAGGAGGACUACCUGCUGACCGGGUUCACCAGCCAGAAGGUUAAUCCGUUCCGCGAGAAGUCGUCGUGCACCGUCCUCUAAAGAGGAGGUUGUCCCCAGGAUAGUGGGAGGUCCGCUGGUGUGUUGGUAGAGUCGAGGAUCGAGGAUCACCGGCGGACGUUUAGUUUAUUUUUAGUUUAGCAAGAUGGAUUAAGAGGCGAAUGUGUGUGAAGUACGACGUUACCAGUACCAGUCAACGCCACCUGGAUCAAUAUAUCUUUGUGUAAAAGCCACAAUAACUACGAUUGUCAUAAGCAAUAUAGUUACAAGAAGUUUGAAUUCCAGUUACAAGGAAUAUAUAUAAUAUGUAAACGAUAUAUCAAUGUGUACCAUUCACGUUAACAAGUAAUUUCCGAAAACUCAAAAACCCAAAUUCGAAUCCAAAUCUAAAUCCAAACGAAGCAUUUGUUCCAAAGAUAUCAAAGUUGUUUCCUUCCCAAUUAGUAACGCUGUAAAUGUACACGAAUAUCCCAACUAUAACGACAAUUAAAGCGCUGACUAUAGCCUCUACAACUACUACCUAAGCCGAAACACAUAAAUAUACAAAGCUAUCAACGUAAUCCGACAUACAAAUUUAUCAAUAAACGUAAACUCAACCGAAACAGAAA